AUGAGGAUCUUUCAGGCUAGCUCGCUCGCACUUGCGCUCUCUGUAUUUACAGGGGCUGCCUCCGCCUCCGUCUUCAAGAACCAAACCUAUGACUACAUUGUUGUCGGUGGUGGCCCUUCCGGUAUCAUCAGCGCCGAGAAGUUCGCCCAGGCCGGAAAGAAAGUUCUGCUCCUUGAACGAGGUGUCGGACCAACUGUAGCCACCGGUAACAAUGAGACCCUCGUAUGGAACCACUCAUUGACCCCCAUCGAUCUUCCGGGACUGUCCGCCAACAUUGGCUCGCUCGAUGUCUGGAACCAGUAUAUGUGCACCGACACUGCUGGCAAUGCUGCCUGUGUGCUCGGUGGCGGCGUAACAGUCAACUACAUGGUCUUCGUUCACCCGCCAGCCCGUGACUUCGAUGACAAAUGGCCCGAGGGUUGGAAGUGGAAGGAUGUCGAGUCGGCUGCAGACCGACUCUACAAGCGUAACCCCGGAACCACCUUGCCCUCUGCCGACGGCAAGCGAUAUGACCAGGGUCUUUACAGUGUGCUGUCUAAGUUCUUUAGUGGCCUUGGUUGGAAGUCGGUGGAUAUGAUCGCCGAGCCGAAUGAGAAGCACCAGAUCUACAGCCACCCGGCCUGGAAUGUGCAGAACCAAAUGCGUGCUGGCCCAGUUCGCACCUAUCUCCCCGCUGCCGCCAAGCUAGACAACUUCCACCUUGCUCUCCGAACAAAAGUCAUUCGCUUGGUCCGUUCAGGUAGCCAGGUCAUUGGCGUCGAGGUUCAGACUGCUUCGGGCCGCUCCCAGAUCAUCACUGUUGCUCCUCACGGUCGCGUAGUGCUUGCUGCCGGCGCUUUGUCUACUCCUCGUCUAUUGUGGAACUCUGGUAUUGGCACCAAUGCCAAGAUCGAGACUGCGAAGAAGAGCGGUGUUGCCGUUCCUCCCAAGACUCAGUGGAUUAAUCUUCCUGUCGGUGUUGGCCUCAAGGACCACCCCAUUUUCUCGAUCGUCUUUAACACCAACGCCUCAUUCGGUCUUAUUGACUACGAUGGUGCGCUUAAUGGAAGUGCCUCUCGUGACAUCUCCCUCUACGGCAAGCACAGCGGAGUCCUGACCCAGGGCAAGCACCGCAUGAUCUUCUUCACCUCAGAGGAAAUUGAUGGUCACACCCAGUACUACCAGGGCUCGUGCGCGCCUACUGAUGAGGGCGUGGUAACCAUAACCACAUACAUGACCCACGGCCUUACCUCAUCCGGUGUCCUGGGUCUUGAUACCAGCGGAAAGACUGUCAUUGAGAAGUCGCCCUACCUUCAGACCGCUGCUGACCGGAAGGCUGCCCGCUUUUUUAUUCAGAAGAUGGUCAAGGAGAUCACUGCCCCCUCCACCGGUUUCAAGCUUGAGACUUACACCAAUGUCUCGGCCAUCUUGAAGUCUCAAACGCCCGGUACACACUACACCACAACUGCGAAGAUGGGUACGGAUGAUGGCCGUAAGAACGGCACUUCCGUUGUCGAUACCAAUACCAAGGUUUAUGGAAUGGAUAAUUUGUUCAUUGUUGAUGCCAGUAUCCAUCCCGACCUCCCGACUGGUAACAUCCAAACCGCUGUCAUGAUUGUUGCUGAAGCCGCUGCUGCUAAGAUUUUGUCCAACUAA